UAUCGCGAUAUUUGCUCCCGUCAGCUGACAAACAUGAUUGUAGUCCUCAGGUCAGGGUGGAACGCAGCAACAUAAUACGAGUUCCUGAAACAAACAUGAUAACCGCUAAACAGCGAAAGUUUAUUUUUUGGAUGAUAAACCACUGAAAAUAUGGAACACAUUAUAACGCCAAAGGUGGAGUAUGUGAAACUACUGAACACGUAUCCUGAAAAGAAGUCAGCUCUGGGCACUCUCUACUUGACCGCUACUCACCUUAUCUAUGUGGAACAAACUAAUAACAACGCACGCACAGAAACAUGGGUGCUGCAUCAUCACAUCCUGUCGGUAGAGAAGCUUCCAUUAACUGCAUCCGGUUGUCCGCUCCUGAUCCGCUGUAAAACCUUCCAGCUGCUUCAUCUGCUGUUCCAAAGAGAGAGAGAUUGUCAGGAUGUCUUUCAGUCACUUCUGCGCCUGUCUCAACCAGUCAAAGAAGAGGAGCUGUAUGCCUUUCUCUAUAAUCCACACCAAAACGAGGAGGACAGGAGACAGGGUUGGGAAUUCAUCAGUGUGGCAAACGACUUCAGCAGGAUGGGUCUCUCCAAUGAAUAUUGGGAAAUCAGCCACCUCAACAAGAACUAUGAGAUCUGUAGCACUUAUCCAUCUAUCCUAGGACUCCCUAAAAAUGCCAGUGUUGCGGUAGUAACAGGCAGUGCCAAGUUUAGGAGCCGAGGGCGGUUGCCUGUUCUGUCUUACUAUCACAAAGACACUAAGGCUGCGCUCUGUCGCUGCAGUCAGCCUUUGUCGGGUUUGACGUCUCGCUGUGUGGAAGACGAGCAGAUGCUUCAGGCCAUUAGCCAAGCGAACUCCAACUGCCCUUUUAUAUAUGUAGUGGACACACGGCCUAAGUUGAACGCAAUGGCCAACCGUGCAGCUGGUAAAGGCUAUGAGAAUGAGGACAACUACUCCAAUAUCAGGUUCCAGUUCCAAGGAAUCGAAAACAUCCACAUCAUGAGAAACAGCCUACAAAAAUUGCUGGAGGUGUGCUCUAUGAAGUCUCCUUCCAUGAGUGACUAUCUGACAGGUCUGGAGAACUCUGGCUGGCUGAGGCACAUCAAAUCUGUAAUGGAUGCAGGCGUGUUCCUCGCCAAGGCUGUCUGUGAUGAGAGGGUGAGUGUGUUAGUGCAUUGUUCUGAUGGUUGGGACAGAACGGCUCAGGUGUGCUCUUUGGCUUGCAUACUGCUGGACCCAUACUACAGAACUAUUAAAGGCCUCAUGGUUUUAAUAGAAAAGGAGUGGAUCUCUUUUGGUCAUAAAUUCAGUCACAGGUGUGGCCAUCUGGACACCGACCCCAAAGAAGUGUCUCCGGUCUUCACCCAGUUCCUGGAGUGUGUGUGGCAGCUGUCUGAACAAUUCCCCUGUGUGUUUGAGUUCAACGAACGUUACCUUAUAGAAAUACACAAUCAAGUCUAUGCCUGCCAGUAUGGAAACUUCAUCGGCAACUGUCAGAAAGAGAGGCUGGACAUGAGGUUGCAUGAAAAGACGUUUUCCUUGUGGCCAUAUCUUCUGAAGAACCAGCAUCUGUAUCGAAACCCCUUGUACCGGCGUUCAUUAGAGAGCACAGUUCUGAGACCCAGCACUUUACCGCUGCACUUCAAGUUCUGGUGUGGGAUGUAUAACCACUAUGACAGAGGCAUGCACCCAAAACAGUCUGUUCUAGACCAGCUGCUCUCCCUCACACAGAAGCAGGUGGAAGGAGAGAGAACCAUGACUGAAUUACAGCGACAGCUGGCUGUUGCAGAUGGAGUUCUCCCCGAUCCAUCCGGACCAAUCAACACACCUGCGGAACAGGACAGUCCAAGCGAGAAGACUCCCACCGCUCCUGUCGUCCAAUCAAAUGGAAGCUGCGCUCCUUUAAUUAAUGGAGACGCAGAGGAGGCGGGCCCAGGAGCUGAGAAGUGCAAUGAGAAAGAAGGGGCGGAUCCAGGAGCCACCGAACACGAUCUGACCUCCUCUGAGGACAAACCUGUUUCUGUGGAAACAGAACAUUCCAAAGAGGAGGUACAUGAAUCCUCUUGAGUCUCCAUAGUAACAGAACAGACAUUUUGACUGAGACCACAAAGAACAAAUGUCCAGAUUAUUGAAAAGAUGCAUAAAGUACCGUUUCCACAGCUGAAGCUGCAGCACACCAGUUUGUGAUUGUUUAUAUUGCUGUUUAUUCGAUUUCUCGAGCACUGGGUAGAUCCUUGUGCCCUGUUAUAUCUGUUCUGAGCAUUUCUGCAAUGUUCUUUAUGUUUUUUGUGGACUUCAGUGUAUUUGAUGGCCUUCAGACCAUGAGGAUUGAAGCUACAUGCUUUAAUCGUAGGCACUUAGAAUCAUCUACUUUGUUGAAAUGUCGUUCUGAUCAAAUGUGGCGUUAUUCAUUGUACAAUAGACUGUUUUUUUAAUGUCUUUCUUUUAGUAACACUUGUGUAGUCAGACUCUGAUACUGAUUUAUUCAGACACACAAGCAGCUGAUGUGAAAUUCAUGUUGAUAAAGGGAACAUAUU